GUGAGAGCUGGCGGCGGCCAGGAGGGAGGGUGGAAGGAGUGGGCGGGGCCUGGAGAAGCCACCAGUGACAAUUACAUCUGGUCCAAGCAAACAUGAGGCAGCUUCCAGCAGGGCUGGGCAGUCCUGUCCGCUCGAGCUGUGAAGUGGAGACAUUGACCACAGUUCUGAGCUGCCCCCAGGAUGCAGCGGGCAAAGGAGGUAACAAAGGCAGCAGAUGGCAGCCUCCUGGGAGACCCUGGGCACAUGCCGCUGAGCAGGAAGGAGGGCAUCAAAUGGCAGAGGCCGAGAUUCACCCGCCAGGCCCUGAUGCAGUGCUGCUUGGUCAAGUGGAUCCUGUCCAGCACAGCCCCACAGGGCUCAGCAGUGACAGUGAACUGGAGCUGUCCACAGUGCGCCACCAGCCAGAGGGACUAGACCAGCUGCAGACACAAACCAAGUUCACCAAGAAGGAGCUGCAGUCCCUCUACCGGGGCUUCAAGAACGAGUGUCCUACGGGCCUGGUGGAUGAAGACACCUUCAAACUCAUCUACUCGCAGUUCUUCCCUCAGGGAGAUGCCACCACCUAUGCACACUUCCUCUUCAACGCCUUCGACGCCGAUGGGAAUGGGGCUAUCCACUUCGAGGACUUUGUGGUCGGGCUCUCCAUCCUGCUGCGAGGAACAGUCCAUGAGAAGCUCAAGUGGGCUUUCAAUCUCUACGACAUUAACAAGGAUGGCUAUAUCACCAAAGAGGAGAUGCUGGCCAUCAUGAAAUCCAUCUACGACAUGAUGGGCCACCACACCUACCCCAUCCUGCGGGAGGAUGCACCUCUGGAACACGUGGAGAGGUUCUUCCAGAAAAUGGACCGGAACCAGGAUGGGGUGGUGACCAUUGAAGAGUUCCUGGAGACCUGUCAGAAGGAUGAGAACAUCAUGAACUCCAUGCAGCUGUUCGAAAACGUCAUCUAGGAUGUGCAGAGGAGGUGCUGGGUGGCCAUUGCCACUCCACUCCCAAGAAACUGAAACUUUUUUCCGAUAUAUUUGAAAAAAGUGAGCAGU